AAUCCAAUCCGAUCCAUUUCCGUCUCUGCUGUCGCUGAACCGCUGCCCCGCUGCUUGUAUCUUCUCUCGCGGCUUUCAAUCCUUGAAGACAAUCGGCGAGAUGAUCGAGACUAACGCUUACUCGCAUAUCACUGCCAAUGACUGGUUGAGGCUUCUUAAAACUGAUACGCAUUCCCGAUAAUCCCAUCUCUUCGUCUGCGCGCAGUGCAUUUGAUUCCGGCGAGUGACUAAACCGCAGACUCGAGAGUGCUUCCAUCUCGGAUGCGACAUGUCAUCCGAGCUAGGCGACUUUAUGUACGAAGCAGUCACACGUAGUGAUGUCGAAAACGUCAAAGCUCUUCUUCGGGAAGGCAUUCGUGUCAACACGCUCGUCCAGUCGGGCUACACGUUGCUGGGCCAAGCCGUACAGAUUGGCAACCUGGAAGUGUUGAAGGUCUUGCUGCACGCUGAGGAUUUUUUCCCGGCCGAUGACAGCGAGUACUCGGCUGGGCCUGAGGAUCCUUACUCUUUGGACGACACCCUUGACGCGUUCCUUCGUCCCAAUGACGCAGCUUGGAACCGCAGCAACGACGAGGACGUUUCCCCCCGAAAGACGGGCCUCCAGGAGGACCCACUGCCGUGCAUCUACCUGCCACGCGACGCCUCGUCCCACCACCGAGACAACCCGCACCAGAGGGGGCUGGGGCUGUUCCAGUCCCUGUGGCGCCUCGCCCCGCUGCGUCGCAAGACGGACGUCAACCUGCCGGACUUCUACGACCGGAUGCCCAUCCACUAUGCGGCCCAGCAAGGGAGGCCGGAGGUGCUCGACCUCCUCAUCAAGGCCGGCUGCAGGAUCAACGUCUCGGACAGCGACAACGUGACCCCUCUCCAGCUGGCCGUCACAGGAGGUCACGAAGAGGUCACUCACAUGCUGCUCAAGGCUGGAAGCAGGGUCAACUCGAAAAACAGCGACCGGUCCUCAACGCUCCACAUUGCGGCGAGUCAGGGCCACGCCUCGAUUGUGGAGCGUCUGCUUCAGUACGGAGCGGCGGUGGACACGUUGGACUCCCUGGGACGGACUCCACUCCUCAUUGCCGUCAUAGGAGGUCACCACGAUGUUGCCAAGGUGCUCAUCAACUACCAGGCCAACGUCAACAUGGAGGGACUCUACGGUGAUGCUGUGUCGGUCCUUAAACCUCUGCAACCAGCCGGUUCCAGGCGUGAAGUCGUGCCCGAAGAUGAACCCCAGGUUGCACGCUUUGUCGGACGCAGCCCGCUGUGGGUGGCGGUGGCCAAGGUGGACGUGGUGAUGGCGCAGCUGCUGCUGGACGCGGGGGCUAAGGUGCUGCAGGGCAAGCGCUUCCUGCACGAUGCGGUGAGCUCGGCCGUGCCGGAGCUGCUGCAGCUCCUGCUCCGCCGGGGCGUGUCGGUGAACACCCGGGACGUCCACGGCAACUCGCCCCUGCACCUGGCCAUCCGGAAGAAGAGCCCCAGCAUGCUGCGCGAGCUCGUCCAGUUCGGCGGGGACGUGAACAUCACCAACAGCCUCACGGGCCUAUCCCUGCUCCACGAAGCUGUGACGGACCUGGACGAAUCCAACUUCGACAUCUUCCGCUCUAUCCUGGAUAUCCUGCUGAGCGCCGGGUGCCGCAUGAACGCCGAGAGCGGCACCACGGGCGACACGCCCCUCUUCCGCUCUAUCAUUGCCAACAAGCUCCUCUUCGCCGAAGAGCUGAUCCGCGAGGGAUGCGACGUCAACUGCGGCAACGUCUACACGUGCGCCAUCGACAACCUGUGGCUGGCCAAGCGGCUCCGAGAGCUGAGGCUGGUGAAGAUGAUCGUCUAUGCGGGCUACGACCUCAACAGGUUUGCGGUGCCAGACGCCGAGGUGAACCAGAAUGUGCUGGGGGCGCAGGAGACGGCCAUCAGGCACUGGCUGCGCACCGUCAAGACGAAUCCGCUCAGGCUGUCCGAACUCUGCCGCAUUACAAUCAGGAGACGGCUGGGUCAGAGCCUGGUGUCCAAGGUGUCUCGACUAGUUCUACCGGCCAGCAUGAAGGACUUCCUUCUUCUCGACGAUGUGCGUUGCGAACUGGCCGAGGCAUCCGUUCGUUUCGUGUUUUGGUAGGCGACGUAACAAUUGAGAGUUGUUUGAUCGUAGACAAACGAAAGGGCGGCGAAAUAUGUGCGCGAUUCACUGUCUUACGUGCCUCCCGAAAGCUCGGACAAACGUGCCUGGGGCCCUAAGUUGGACGGUGGGGCCGGGACAUUGCCGCCCGCCAAUGUAGAAAGCGUUGGCGCUGACCAAUCGCAGUGAGUGAUGAUGUUCCAGUCCCUUGGUUCCAUUGUCCAACUUAAGGCCCAUGGUGUGACUGGGUGGCUGUGCGUUGCAGUCGCCCAACCACACUAGGGUGCAUUCUGUACAGACAUCUCAACUGUUUAAUUUAUUUAUCUUGUUCACAUUUGUUCCUUUGUUUCCUUGAGCAUAAGACUAUAUCUGUCAAUUCUUGGUUCUUAUUGAUUAGUGUGGAAUUUAUUCUGAAGCUCUGAGGUCGGCGCAGGUGGGAAGCUUGCAAGCAUCUACAAGCUCAAUACAGUGCAGAGCAUUGCUUCUGACUGUGUCCGCAAAAAUAAUUCUGGCUUUACAGGUCGGUCAUCUAGUGUAGUUUGCUGUCAUUAAUGUGACACAUGUCGCAAAUGGUACAUCAGAGAUGCUAUUCAACUGAUGUGCACAAGACUCUCAAGCCAUAGCAAAGCUGCAAGCUAAGCUGGAAUGUAAUUUUGAAGUGCUCGUGUUGUACAUGGCAUAACACUGUUAGGGUAGAUAAGCCAUAGAGUAUUUUCUCAGCAUUGAAGGACUGUCAUCAAAACUACUAUAGUGAUAGAGAUUGCUCAGUUGCGGUACUAACCUCAGUGGUAAAUGUUAAUGCCCACCAGUCCCUUUCAAAAUAACAUGUAAAAAAGUGUCAAAGUUGUGUUUGAACUAUCAGUGUUGUGCAGUGCUCAUAUUGCAUACCAACUUCAACAGUCAUCACAAACACUAAUUUUAUCUUAUUUGUAAGUUUUAUGUCCCAGAGCCCUUUGGAAUGAAUGCAUACUGUGAAAAAUAGAGAUGGUAACAUCAAAAGCCUCUCCGUCAUAAGAACCUACCGUAGUGUGCUCAUAUCCUGGUUUUUGAAUUUUUCCACAAAUACCCCUAUCAAUUCCUUGUACUUUCUUUUAUCUUGCUCAAUUUUUUUUCUUACUGCUUUUCUUUUUAAUGCAAAACGUGUUUUAGGGCUGUUAUUGAAGUCUAGAGCAUUGUUAAAAAUGAAUGACAGUUUUCACUAACACGACCAAGUCUCCCCUGGCACCUGACAGGCGAGACCCGGAAAACUAAAAUCACAUCGUCACUUGCCAGGAAUUUAGGACAGGGCCUCUCGCUCCAUAGUCCAAUGGCCUUACCCUGCCACCAGUAGGGCAGCUUGGAUGCCUGUCGUUAUAACAGCCACAUACUCGCGGUGCCCUGAUACUUAGCAUAAAGCCAACUGGUGCAGAAUGCGUCACGUGUCCAUCUCGGAUGUUAUAUUUCCCUAUCACACUUCAAACAAUUCAUAGGCUUAACUCCACUCUUUACUGUCCCAGUCCUGGCUGUUACCUCUGUGCAAGUUCCACCCAUUCACUCUCUCUUGCACACCGCUGCCACCCUGGCUCUUCCCUUUCCCCCACUCUCCAUUUCCCUAGCUACACUGUCCCCGGAGUGUUCUCUAACUGACCUUUGUGCCCUCCUAUCCCUUGACUCUCACACAGCAUCCAUAACAACUUACCCCAGAAGCCAAAUAGGCAAAACAGAUUGAAAUAGGUUCACACAAACCCACAAUGAAUUUUGUGUCAGUAGGCUUUAUGUGAAGUAUCGAGGUAAGUUAAAUUCUUUUGUUCAUGAUCAGCCUCGAAUUUAUUUACCAAUGAGCCCGCUGAUCUUCCUUUGCUCUGGUGUCCCAUCUGUGCCCUCCAUAAGUCGAGAGUUAGCACAAUCUAGCCGUGUCAUUUAGAGGGUGUUGCAUCGGCCUCCCCUUAUUACACCCCCUCAUUCAUACUCUAAUUGCCUCUUAUACCCCCGGCACAAAUUACGAUCCAGUGCACAAAAGAGGAACUUUUAGCAGAAUGUUGGCUGCAUUUCAAAGGGCGGUUCACACACUUGAGACUACCUAUGACCGGAGAGGCUAAAAGCCUUUUUCUAAGCCUUUGUGACUGCUUACGACCACUGCGAAAAUCUUAAGCAGUUACAGAAAGAAAAAAGAAACCGCUUUUUAGUUUUUUUGGCAUUAAGCAGUCGUAAGUGUGUGAUUUUUUUUUAAGUUUUUUUUUAAUACUCCGUUUCAUAUUAAGCUUGAUCGCAGCCAAGGCUACUAUCCGAUUGAGCCAAUCAAGCAGUGCCAAAAGUGUAUCGUGGCGUUCGUCGUCUGCGCGUUUCGCAUCGGCGGCUAAACCAGUUGCGCAUUGUAAAUGUGUCGUGAUCCUGCCUUGUUUUGCCGUACGUGAUUGGUAUAGUCAGUGAUGGCAAACGUGCAAAGCCGUGGAGUGCCAUGACGAUGCACUUUUGGUGCAGCUUGACUAGCUUCAUCAGAUCGUAUAUUGUUGGUUAUGGUCGGACUUUCCAAUAGAGAGUUUUAGGGAACCGGUUUUGCACAUUCGAUACGGUGCGAUGGGCCCUCCGAUACGAACUGCACAUGCUGUACCGCGUAAGACUUGCGCAUGCGCAGUUCGGUUUCCUAAAACUCGCUCUUGGGAAACGGAGUAUACCAAGGCAUGUUUUCUUGACUCAGUACGCGUUUGCAAGCAAUCUUUAUUUUCCCGUUUCUGACUUCACAAACAGGAUCGAAACUGGUAAUUCGGUUUAGUUAUGCACUGGGCAUGCAAUGCAGCUACCGCCUGGCAGCUGCGACGAGUGCGGAGCGAGCCCUAUGCUCUCCAUUACUUCAAGUCAUCAUCCUCUUCAUUGCAUAAUAUGCAUUAUGUGCAGCCCGGCACUUCCUUGUAUGAGAUCAAAACCCCACUUCUCUGUAGGUUUUCUACUUUUGAAUAAAAACCUAAUUGGGUGGAUUAUAUAAA